AUGGCAGUAGAGCUCAGGCUUGGCCCUCCAGACGAAUCUCUCAGGGAUAUUCUCAUUCAACAUCGAGAGCAUCUUGAGUGGCCGACCUAUAACGAGAAUUAUCAUUCCAUCGUGGAAACGAUGCGAACAUUUGUGGCUUGUUAUUAUAUUUCUUCUUGUAUCGCAUUGGCAAUGCGAAAACCAACGCAUUUCAAGUACAGUAGCAAUGUCGCAGAAUGCUGUAGACUGUUGACGUGCAUUCCACAAGCUGCAUCGGACAAAUUGCUGUCAUGUUUUGUGCAAUUGCAGAAGCUGGCCGAGGAAAUUGAUCAGCUAUUUCAAUACAGCAACAAGGAGGCUUUAUGCAAUAUGGAUUAUGUCCAAAUAAACGCUACGAUGAGGAAUUUUAGAGGGAAGCUUGAUCAGUUAGUACAGCAAUUUCCACCAGAGACAAAGGCAAACAGUGCGUAUUUUCCGACCCCCUUAUCAAUGGAAUCAGAGCUGUUGUAUGCCAUUCUCGUACUGGCUGCCGGCACACUUGGCGGCAUUGCUGUGGGAGAACCAGGCCAAUUGCGCGAUUGCGCAGACAUUGCUACCUAUCUUACGGCCCUCAAGGACAAAAUGCAGGCCAUGGGAUCAAUGACAGAGAAUGGGCAAGUGAGGCGCGAUUAUUUCUGGAAAAUGAUGCAGUUCUUUAAGCAUUGUUUAAACUGGACAUUGAGAUCUGCCGGAACUCAGAGCCAUACAGCAGGUAACUGCUUGUGCAGCAGGGAUAAUGACAUGUCUUUUACGACGAUCCUGGAGAACGUGCCCGAAGAAGAGGUAGUACAAGAUGUAGAGACAUUCAAUAUUUUAGACAUGAGUUGGAUCAUAGAUACGUCACAAUUAUCGCCAUAG